AUGAAGGACUGGAAAAGAGAGAUUCUGGACGGUGUUGGCAUGGUAUCAUUUCCAGGCUGUGUCCCGGGAGUCAUGUUUGUUUACGGAGAGAAUUCACAAGCAAUCCUUGCAAAUAAGAGAGGACACGUUUUAUGUGCGGCAGCUGAAUAUGGCAAAGGAAGAAUAAUUGUAUUUUCGCACAAUGUAUUUGUUAACAGUUUUGGAAAGAACGAUACGAAACGCAAAAAUAAACGAUUCAACGAAAAUAUCAGAAAUUGGAUGACGAAAAACACAGACAAGGGAAAUGAGAUACCUUGUUUUUCUGAUUACUUUAAGGAAUUCUAUGAGCUUCCUCCUGAAUGUAGGAUAUUAACAUGGAAUGGACUUCCGGUUCGGACAGAAGAUCAAAGUGUUUUAAAAUUACUUGAUUGGGUAGAGAAAGGAGGUGGGUUGAUAUGUGGAGUGUGCCCAUGGGGAUUUGCGGAGGUUUAUAAAAUAGACGUUGAAAGUAUACCACUUAACAUCAUCUUCAGGGCAAUAGGUAUCGCUUAUGCUGAUAAAAUAAUGUACAAGAAUGAUGGCGAUUUAGCGGAACUCUUAGUAAAAGACAAUAUGGCGGAUUAUGCAAAGCCCAGUGAUCUUGUUUCAGCAAUUAACAAGCACCCAGAAAAAAUUAACCGAUUAGGAGGAUUAAUACACAAUGUAGUAAACUUACCAGAGGAACUUUAUAUCAAACACAAACCACAUGUUGUGGAAAUGAUUCAGAAAUUAUCACCAGAUAACGACCAUAUACCAACAAGGAGUAAACCCGUUGAGUCACAUGGCGCCAAAAAAGCUGCGAUGCUUAUUUGCGAUAUCAUGAUACGAGAUGGCUUAGAAGGGAAUGUAGUAUUAGCAGAAGGAAUUCAUGAAUUUCCUGGAACAUUUGAGGAUACACCGGAAGAUCAGAAUAAAGAAAGAGCUUAUGGUAGAGGACAAUGGGUGGUUACAGAUGAACAGCCGUCCAUUGGUUACAUGCAUUCUGGUUAUCCAAUCGUCACCCAUCUGGACAUGGCAGAUACUAAUAAGAUCUACGAGGACUGCUUCCUAUUGUCCAGAGACCACAUUCUAAAAGUAAACAACAGGAAAGGAAGUUGGGGAAUGUUCCAUGAACUGGGACAUAAUUUCCAUGAUUCUAUGUGGACAUGGGAUGGAACGAAGGAGGUCACUUGUAAUAUAUUUACUUUGCAUGCUAUGGACGUAGUUUGCAAUGUGAAACCAUGGGAGCAUCUCUGGGUCAGAGAAAAGUUCGAAAAUGCCAGCAACUAUCUCCGGGAAGGGUCAAAGUAUGACAAAUGGUUUUCUAAUGCUGGUAUAGCGUUGUUGGUGUACGCACAGUUGGCGAGGGACUUUGGAUGGGGUACUUACAAAUCUGUAUUCAGGACUUAUGAUAAACUUCCAAAAGACAAACGACCAUCAAACCAGCAGGAAAAAGAGAACAUGUGGAUACAGACGUUUUCCAAUGUAGUCAAGAGGAAUCUAAGCCUCGUUUUCGAAUUUUGGGGAUGGCCGAUUCGGGGCUUGGACGAUUUGAAAAGGUUCUCCAUACCUCCCUGAUGACGUGACAACACGUGAAUUUGCAAAAGACAGAGCGACAACAAUACGUAAAAAGUACGAAAAUAAUUCUUCUGGUGCCUGUCCGACUCAGAAACCAGCACACACGGACAAUGCUUAUUGUCCAGGUAAAGGGGGUUCUAAUAAGAUUGAUCAAUGUGAUGUAAAAGGUAACAGUGUGAAGGAAGAUGGCAAUGACAACAGUUCAAGUUCAUGU